AUGACAAGGGACCAGAGUGGAACCUGGGAGAUGGAGAGUAAUGAAAACUUUGAAGGCUACAUGAAGGCUCUAGAUAUUGAUUUUGCCACCCGCAAGAUCGCCAUCCAUCUGAAUCAGACGAAGAUCAUUGAGCAAAAUGGUGAUAAGUUCAAGACGAAAACCAACAGCACGUUCCGAAACUAUGACUUGGAUUUCACAGUCGGGGUGGAGUUUGCCGAGUACACAAAGGGCCUGGACAACCGGAAUAUUAAGACUCUGAUCGUCUGGGAAGGUGAUACCCUCGUGUGCGUGCAGAAGGGGGAAAAGGAGAACCGAGGCUGGAAGCAGUGGGUCGAGGGGGACAAGCUGCACCUGGAGCUGACGUGCGGCGACCAGGUGUGCCAUCAGGUGUUCAAGAAGAAGUGA